CAGCUUAUCAGCUGCGUUUUGUGAGAAGCGUGACUAUAAAACACAAACUCAGCCUGACUUCAAAUUAGUUUUUUUGCGAAUAUUGGCAUUGAAAGAUGAAUGCCGCACGAUGGAUAGUGCUAUGCACCAUUUUGAUGUUUGACCUGGGAUCUCCACAGACUCUGGAGGACGAUUGCGUAGCCAUUGACCAGAAUGAUGGGAGUAGACGAUCCAGAGAUGCUCCUUGGCUGGCAGAAAUUCUAUCGAAUUCCACAGUAAUCUGCGCCGGAACGCUCAUCAACAAUCGUUAUGUUCUAACAGCGGCGAGCUGCUUUCAAAGGCAACAAGAACUAACUGUUCGCUUGGGCAGUGGCUAUUCUAAUAAUAGCUUCGAAAAUUUCCGAGUAUCGAAGGCCAUCCUACAGCACCCAGAUUAUUAUGGGAACCACACUGUAUGCUUGCUUCGGUUGCAAACGGAAGUCAAAUUCAAGACCCACAUACGACCCAUGUGUAUCACAAAAAGUUUUGAUUUCCAAACCCAAGGAGGGACUUUUGAAAUAUUCAGUGCAAAGCUCCUAGUAGGGUGUCAAUUCUCUCAGUUUUACGGUAGAUCUUGUGACGAAAAUAAAAGAAAGAAAUAUUUACAGUCCAAGCUCGUUGGGAGUCCUUGGACUGAUGUGAUCGCAAACGGUCCUUUAAAGGGCAUGGUUCGAUAUGGAAUCCUUAUGUAUCGUAACACAGCAACUUUUUAUGACGUUUAUAUAAGUGUUAUGGCCCAUAUUAACUGGAUAGCUAAAGUCGCGUUAGACAUUCAUAUAAGUACUCCGAAUACGACGGAAAUAGUAAAUUAA